CAGCGCUGCCAGCAGCAGGGUGACAGCAGCCAGGCUUGUGAAGUGGUAGCUAGAAAGCCAUCCCACACAAUGGUGCAUCCAGAUUCCAAGGGCACGACUGGAAAAAACACUUUAAUUCACAAAGACCAGGCCAUCACAGUAGCAGCAACAUGGGCAAAGGGCGAGGCUGCAGUGCCCUGGAGAAGGGCCUGAUUCUGCUGUUCCUGGGAGUCACAGGGGUCUGCAUAGGCCUGGUGGUGGUCUACGUCCUGGAGGUGAACAGCACUGAUGAGAACGGAGGUGUGGUUGAUGUCGAUUCAGGAUGCGGCGGUCCUCAGCAUCUGAUGGUGUCGCCGGGAGAGUUCACCAGUGGGAAUUUUCCCGGUAACUACGACAACGGGAAGAGCUGCAGCUGGAAGAUUACUGUGGAAGCUAAUAAGGUGAUCCAUCUGUGGUUUGAACACUUCUCCAUAGAGGACACGGCUACAUGCUCUGCAGAUUUUGUCACCUUAAAGGACGACCUUGGAAUCAUUGGAAAGUUCUGCGGCCACUCCAAGCCCAAACCCAUCGUAACCCUGGGCAACACUCUGUGGGUGUACUUCGACACGAAUGAGGUCCGCCCAGACACAGGAUUCCGAGCCAUGUACAAAGCAGUAGCUCCAGAUGCUGUUACAGAAAUAGUAGGAGCUGGUGGCCUUCUCCAAGGUGAGCAAGGGGAGCUAUCUAGCCCUGGGUUCCCUGCUCAACAGUAUGAGAAUGGAGCUCUCUACCAGUGGAAGAUUGAGGUGCCUGAGGGAGAGAGAGUCAGACUGACCUUCUCCUCCUUCCAACUGGUGGCCGAGUCCUGUCUGGACUAUGUAGAUGUUUAUGAUGGACACUCUCCUACCGGAGACAGACUUGCUCGCUUCUGUGGUGCCUCCGAUCUCACACCAGUGGUCUCCAGCAGCAACACCAUGGUUGUCCGCUUCAAGACCGAUGCCACCCUGACAGCAGGAGGAUUCCAGGCUGUGUACACACUGGCAAGCAACCCACCUAUAGAUCCCAAUCCAUUAGGUGAGUCAUGCUACCCUGGUCCUGCUGCUCUUUCUCCAGAGUCUGGCCUGUGUGUGUGUGUGGGGCUAACGUGGGCUGCUCUUUCUCCAGACUGGCUGAGUGGGUCAGAAGGCGUGAUCCAGUCCAAGGGUUUCCCGGAGCCAUACCCAGCCGACCUGCGCUGCCAAUGGAACAUCACGGUGGCGGACAACAUGAUGGUCAAGCUCCAAAUCACUGACCUGGCCAUUUCUGGGGAGGCAGGACAGUGCAAAGUGGACCAGCUUCUCAUCUCUGAUGAUCAGCAGUCAUUCGGUCCACACUGUGGAUUCAUCAGACCUGCCGUGGUGGUGAGUGUGGGGAACAAGAUGUCCGUGAGCUUCCAGUCGGACUCACACUUGGCUGACCGCGGCUUCUCCGCCAGGUGGGAGGCAGUGUCCCCUCAUGACAUUGGAGAGGCCCAGGGCUGCGGCGAUGCCUUCCACACCGAGACGGGCGUGAUCAAGUCUCAGAACUGGCCCAUGAACUACGCGUCCAACAAGGAGUGCAUGUGGAGGGUGAAGGUGCCCACGGGCAAACGCAUCACCCUGCGCUUCACCGACUUCAACCUGGAGCCCGCCAUGUUUGGGAGAUGCUCCGACAACGUGGUCAUCUACGACGGCUCCGGAGCUGGUGCCAAGAAACAUGGACCCUUCUGUGGCUCCACACUGCCCAGUGAGAUCAAGAGCACAGGGAGCACGCUGGUCGUGCGCCUCCAUGUGGACUUCUUCACGGAGGCCAAGGGUUUCAGAGCCUACUGGACCACAGACGACACCCUGCCUGUGCCAACAGAACCUCCAGGACAACCCAACCCAUGGGACGACAUCCCAAUAGACUGGCCUGAGACCUGUGGCAAACCCCAGAUCCCUCCCCUGGUCACCACCCGCAUUGUGAACGGAGAGCCAGCCAAAGCCCACUCCUGGCCAUGGCAGGUGUCCCUGCAGGUUUGGCCAGAGAGUCGGCCUGAGCCCAGUUUCUCCCACACCUGCGGAGGAACUCUGAUCCAUAAGAACUGGGUCAUGACCGCGGCACACUGUUUCAUCAGGUAUGCGGAUGAGCUUCAGCGCUGGCGCAUAUGCAUGGGCAAACACAACCUCACCCUUGAAGAACCGAGCGAGCUUUGUUUGGGCGUUCAGGGCAUCUACCGACACGAGGGCUUCAAGUACCCGGAUGUGCCCACCGUGGAGUUCGACGUGGCCCUGAUGCGGCUGGAUGGCGAGGUCACUCCGACUGUCCAAAUCGACUUUGCAUGCUUGCCCUCCCUGGAGGAGGUUCUGCCCGCGGCCAAGAAGUGCUACGCCAGCGGCUGGGGCGAUGAGAAGGGCAACCCUGCGACGGCCAAGCCAUCAGAGACGCUCAACCAGGUGGCGCUACCUGUGGUUCCCUAUGAGACCUGCAAGCGCAUGGACUACUGGUGGUUCCAGGUGAAGCCCUCCAUGAUCUGCUGUGGCUACACCAAACCUGACGAGCUCAAGUCUGUGUGCCAGGGAGACUCUGGUGGACCCCUGGUUUGCCAGGACAACCCCACGGCCCCCUGGGAAGUUCACGGGAUCACCAGCUUCGGGCCCAUCGGUUGCAUUAUGGACAAGAAGCCGAGUGUGUUCACCCGCGCCUCAGCCUACAUCCCCUGGAUGGAGAAUGUCAUCCGCAGGAAGAUCUAUGAGGAGAACACCUCUGGCUGUGGUGGGGCCAAGUACCUGAACAGCACGAGUGGCACCCUGGCCACCAUGAAUCAUCCUGAUAACUAUGGCAGCGGUGCCCAGUGCCAGUGGCACAUCCGAGCCCCUGCUGGCAAACUCAUCCACCUGCGCUUCGCCAACUUCUCCCUGGAGGAGAGCCUACUGUGCAUGAAUGACAAAGUCACCCUCAGUGACCAGCUGGGCUCAAUGGGCAACCAUUGUGGCAUUGGAACUGUUCCUCAGGCUAUAGUCACUGUGGGUGAGACCCUGAAUGUGACCUUCUCCUCAAAUAACCGGAUUGUGGACACUGGCUUCAUGGCCCACUACGAAGUGGUGGAUCCCACCCAAGUGGAGAGUCUGGUUGGAUGUGGAGGUCACUUCAGUACUCAGCAAGGGGAGCUGAAGUCUCCAAACUGGCCCAGCGGCGACUACCAUAACCGAAGUGUGUGCACCUGGCGGAUCUCCAUCCCCGCGGCCAAGUCUGUCCACAUCACCUUCACCCACUUUGAAGUGCAGGGCGUCAGUCAGCUUGGCCAAUGUGUGGACUAUGUAGAGAUCUUCAGCGCAGAUGGGAAAUCCAUUGGUAAACACUGUGGCUUUGCACCACCAUCCACAACCACGGUUACUGGAGACACGGCAAUAGUCCGUUUCUUCACCAAUGGUGAUACCCAAGAGAAGGGUUUCCGUGGAUACUGGACCACCGAUCCUGCCAUCAUCCCCACCUUGCCUCCACCUCCACCUAACCCUUGGGACGACAUUGUCAUUACAUGGCCUGAGAAGUGUGGAGUGCCUGCUGUGAGCCCUAACAUGUCUGUGACCAGAGUGGUGAAUGGGAUUGAGGCUGAACCACACUCCUGGCCUUGGCAAGUGUCGAUGCAGGCGACUCCAUCGGCAGCACUGUUGCCACAUCAGCAUGUGUGCGGAGGCUCCCUCAUUCAUGAGGAGUGGGUUCUUACUGCUGCCCACUGCAUCAUGGCGCCCUUCAAUAAGCCAGGCUUUUGGCGGAUGUGCAUGGGCAAGCACCACAUCAACUCCAGCUUGGACGGCCCCACUGAGCAGUGUGUGACCGUGGAUGCUCUGGUUUCCCACGAGGGCUUUGUCUACCCCCAGGACAACACCGACAUCACCAACGACAUUGCCCUGGUGCAUUUGGCCAAGCCCGUUAACAUGACACGAGAGGUCAGCCCUGUGUGCCUGCCCAAUCCUGAUUUCGUACUGCCCGCUGGCAAGACAUGCUUUGUCACUGGCUGGGGUGAUGAGAAAGGUAAUCUAUUCCCUGUGGUGGCUGACAAGCUGAACCAGGCCCCCCUGCCUGUGGUGCCCUUCUCCACCUGCAGCAAACCCCAGUACUGGUGGGACAGCGUCCGGCCCUCCAUGAUCUGUGCUGGUUACGAGCUGCCAGAUGAACUCAAGUCAGCAUGCCAGGGCGACUCUGGCGGCCCGUUCGUGUGCCAACCGGAGGGCACCAGCGCCUGGGAGGUGCACGGUAUUGUGAGUUUCGGCCCAUUCGGCUGCAUCCGGGACAAGAAGCCGUCGGUGUUCACACGCACGUCUGCCUUCUCCCGCUGGCUGGAGGACAACAUGAAGAGAGUCAUCUACGAUGGCACCCCAAAGCCCAGUAGAGAGUGACAUGGUGGCAGUUUACAGGGCAAGACUGGCAAAAGGGGACGAAGAAGGGUGAGGAAGAAGAGAUAGAAAAGACAUGGGGAGAAAAAAAACAUGGUUUGGAUAAGAGGUAGUGGAUAAUAAAUGUAGAGAAAUGGAGGGAGCAACACAGAGAGAGAAAGAAAGAGAGAGAAUUGGUUUCUGUAGAUGUAUUCAACCAGUCACACCUCAUUAAGCUCACUCUUGUUCCAUUUCAAAGUCAAAGUCAAAGUCAAAGUCAGCUUUAUUGUCAAUUUCUUCACAUGUUCCAGACAUACAAAGAGAUCGAAAUUACGUUUCUCACUAUCCCACGGUGAAGACAGACAUAUUU